GAGCUCUUGUCAGCAGAGUCGUGUUCGGCAGCCAGCUGCGAGCACGAGCCAAGCAAGGAUGCAGAGGGUUGUGUUAGCAAUUUGUUUGGCCGGCGCGGCCGGCCUCCUUGCACCGCAAUGCGCCGUGCGUGCGCCGCGGGCCGUCCUGCGCGCCGAGGCCGCCGAGGCUCCGGCCGAGGCGACCCCUGCGCCGACGUUCAAGGUGAUUGACAUUCCGUCGGACAAGUGCGCAGCAGCGUAGAAACAAGAGAAACCGCCCUUGAGACGGCCGCGCCGCCCGGGUUCGAGUUCGCCACCCGGGGCGCCAAGACAACAAAUGACGCCGCCGCCGGCCGCAUACGCCGGCGACGCGACAGUACAUCGACGCCGAAACGCCACCCCGACGUCGUCGACGCCCGCGACGCCCGCGACGCCCGCGACGACCGGACCGCCACCCCCCCGCAGGCCCAAAGAAGAAAAAGAAGAAGAAGUAGUGGACCCCAAGGCCGAGGAGGAAGAAUUAACGAAGAACAUCAAGGGCAAGCCCAUCAUGGGCGUCUCCGGCUUCUUCAACGAUGCCACGCGCAGCGACCAGCGCGUCCUGGACGUGCUCCACGCGCAGAACGUCUGGGGCGCCAUCGUCGCGUUCUCCGACGACAUGGUGGCCAACAAGAAAAGACUUAUGAGUCGUUCCGCGCGCUACUCGGGAUUACUUGGAGUGUUGCGCUUCGGCGAGCUCAACUCCGGAGAUGUGGCGACGUCCCUGGAAAACGCGGAGGUCCAGGCCUGGCUGGCCUUCGACGUGGCUCCCACGGAAGUCGGGGCUACUUUACAAGCUGCUAUUAAAGCUAAAACUGUGGAGCGCGUCGUCGUCGCGUCGACGGGACCGGUCCCGGACGACCAAUUGAAGGUCGUCGAGGGUGAAGAUAUUGACUGGUCCGUGGUUUCGUUCGACGUCGCGGCGUUGGCUGAUGAUUUACCGGAGGGCGGUCCUCUAGCUGUUGAUCGUGAUAGCCAGGACCUGGCCUCGGCCAUUUCUCGGGAUGAUGCUUGUAGGGUCGUCGCGGAAGCGUUCGUCCUGGAACCGGCCACGAAGAAGCGCUUCGUCGUCAGCAAUGGUGGGGAGAUGUCCGCACUUUAUUUGAGAUCUUUGAGGGAGCAGGGCUUCUCGCGCCGAGCGGAACUCGGCAAGCUCAUCCAGGGCGACAUGGCCGCCUUUGAAGAGGCCCAGAAGCCCAAGGAAGAGGUCGUCGAAGAAAAGACCGAGGAAGAAAAGAAGGCCGAGGCCAUCGACCGCGCGAAGGAGUACGAGGAGCUCUUCGCCGAGUCGCGCAAGCAGGCUGCCGAACAAAGAGAACGGGCCAUCAGUGCCAAAGCUCGGGAGUGGCUCAGUGGCCGCUGGGAGGCGAAAAAGUACUCGACCGCCGCGGGCAUCGACGUCGAGGCGUACAUCGAGGAGAACUGGGCCGAGGGCGUCAAGGAGGCGUCGGCGAUCCUCGGGUAUACGAAGAAGAACGCCCAGGGCAUGAACGUGGACGAUGACGACGAUGAUGAUGAUGAUGACGACGACGACGACGACGACGACGACGAGUAGGCGUCCUUCCCGGCUAACUAUUGUAUACUUAU